GGAAAAGAACAACAAGAAAAACAAAUUGCAGCACAAAAUAGAGCUGCUUGUUUAAAUUAAUUGAAGGUCAAGGAAGGGAUUUGAACAAUUCCCAAAGACACGGAGAAAAUAGGUUUACACAUUCCAGCGUGCCUGUAGCACGGACAACGGUUCCGCUGCUGAAAUAAAAUCAAUACAAGGGCAGUGGCAUCGCCGAAGCGCAAUGGGUGCGGAGCACUCGCAACAGCGCAUCGAGGCUGACGGCCAUGAGAUCUUCGAGAGACGCGACCCGGCACUGACCGUUGACCAAACAUCCAAUGCAGCGUGCGCCGUUCGCAUGAGCGAUGGCAGCGCCAUGGCUCUAACGGCGGCCGCAGCGGCGGCCACAAACAAACGCCGAGGCGGCGCCGUCCAACAGAGACAGCAGCAGCUGCAGCAGCAGCAGCAGCAGCAACUGCAAACGUUGCCGCACGGAGCUGGCAAUGGACCAGCCAGCAUUGUGAUUGCCAGCAAGCAAAUCAUUUCGGAUACUGCCUCGCCCACUAGUUCCGAGCUGAGCCGGCCGCCCUCGCCGCCGCUGAGCGUGUGCUCAGAUCUGCCUUAUGUCUCGUAUACGGAUCGACCCAUCGGCGAUUCGCCCAAAAUCCGCAACAGGCCCGCCCACAUGCUGCAACAGAGCAGCGCCAGUCGUGCCGCGGCACGAAAAUCACAUCCCAGUGGCAUUACCACUGCCAUCAAACCAAAGCGGCCACAGUCGACGGCCUCCAGCCAUAACAUUGUGAUCGUGAAGCCGGGCACACGUGAUAUCAACGAUGACAUUGAUCCGGACUUGCUGCGUCUGCGCAACAUACCGCAGUUUUUGCCCGUGCUGCGCGAGUCAAUCAGUUCGGCGACAUAUACACGAGAUACGGAAAUCCUGGAGCGCCUGCAUUCACAGCAUUUGCUUAAUAUAUGCGGCCGCAUGCAGACGCAUUUGAAUCUAUGCGCCAGCCAUGUGGCCAGCGAACAGAAUCACCUAGUCGAGCGGACCAAGGUGGUUAGCAAUUCGAUAACGACGCUCUUCGCCAGCUUUGUCGAUAUGCAGAAGACGUACGCCUCGUAUGCGGAACAUUUUGCCAAAAUUCGCAGCGUUUCGCAGCAGCUGAGCCGCUGUAACUCGCUGUUGCACGAGAAUAUUGCCAGCCUGGAGGCCAUCAAUAAUUUUCUGGACGAUGAGGAUCGCCUCGAGCCGUUCGUCUGGCGCACCGAUGACAACAAGCUGCGUGGCGAAGCCGAGGGCGCUGCCGGCGGCAAUAGCAAUCGCCUGUGGCGCCUCUAGGUGCUCCGGCCAGCGCCAGUUGCGCAUCCAAAGAUAGUUUGUUAUUAGUCUAACUCUUAACUCGUUUCAUGUAUUUAUUGUGUACAUUAACUUUAUAUAUAUAUAUAUAUUGUGUAUCCAAUUGCGCGUGUUGAAUUUGUUCUAAAGGUUUAUUCGGAAUUGUUGUUGUACCCUCAGCCGAUCUCGUGUAUUUGAGUAGUCCACUCCUAAUUAUAGUCUAUUCCAUU